CCAUUUGCAAGUACCGGUGAGAGGUUUGGUAUCAUACAUACGUUUUCCUCCUUCAGAAAUAGAGAUCUAGAAAGGAGACGCACCCUCGCUCUCAAACAGCCAAGUGUGACGCUGUCAGUGUGGCUGUACUUGCUGAGCUGGUGCAACCAGUCUGUGUGUGGAAUAAUCAGGCAUGUCAAUGAAUACAGGAACUACGGAAGUCCUCUCAUUAUGCUGUCUGACACAGGUGAUAUAGUGGUGCAGGUGCAAUUGGUUGCUGGAGAGGAGCAGGCGUUUACAGCACACGCAGCUUUACCCCUCCGUACCUGGAUCCGUCUGGACAUCUUCUUUCAGGUGUCAGAGGCAAAACUCACAAUUACAAAGAUCUUACCCACAGGAAAGAAUUUGGAGAUCACUCAUCUUUCUUAUUUUCGUCAGCCAGUUCAAUUCAAUGACACAUCAGGAUAUUUUGUGAUUGGUGGAUGCAGCUACAUGCAGGGGAUUCAUGGCUAUAUUGGACCAAUCAAAUACUAUCGUUUAGGCUCAGAAUAUGUGACAAACCCCCUGUCCCCUGUUAGGACGCUAAAGGAGCUGGACAGACUCCACAGACACUGUGAGGAAAUGAGAUGGGUUACUGAAGACUAUCUGCAAGCAUUGAGACAAAACCGAGACAUCUCUAGAGAUGUUUGUGAGUGUUUUUAUGGAGACAUUAAGAGGAAGUUUGAUCGUAGGAAAUGCACACAAACUUGGUCGUGGGACCAGCAAAGAAGAUUCAGCCUCACCCUGAGGCUUCUAGAAGAACACCAGGAGCUCAUAACAGGUCUGGGCAACAGCAGCAGACAUUUGCUACGUCUAAGCCGAGUGAUUUACCAGGAUGCGGUAAAGACAAUAGCUAAAGCAGAGGAAUCUGCCGGCGGUCUGGAUCUCCUGUCCACUAUUAUUCAGCAGCUUCAGGUGUCCUCCUGCUGGGGUCACCAGCACUCCUCUCUUCUGCUCGCUACCCUGCACCUGGCCGGCCUGGGUGUCCCGGUGGACCUGGAGCAGGUUUGGUGUGAGUCUCCUGAUGCUGAAAGGACUCCUCAUGGAGACUUCGUGCGCUUUGGACAUGCUCCCGACAGAGUGAUGGACAAAUGUAGUGUACAGGUGCAGUAUAACUGCUCUGCUGCCUGUCGAAUCGGGGUCGAAAUUGUUAUUUCAGCCCCAACAACGACAGCCUACAGAAGGACCUGGACUAACCAUAAGAGAUUUGGAAAACCCAGAUCAAGAACGGUUCCUCUGGUGUUUCCUCCAGCUGUGUUGUACCGUAGAGACUUUUUUGUCAGGCGGCCACUGGAGACAUGUGAUGUGGUGCUGAAGGCCUGGAUGAUUCAUCUGGUGGAAGAGGAAAUUGGUGGCAGCCAUGCUAAAGGAUAUGACCAGUCUCUUAAAAGUGCCUAUUGCCAGCCUGGCAUCCACCCGGAAACUCUCGCGGCCACUCAGAACAUCUUGGCAACACCCUAG